AAUCAUUUUAGGAUGUGAAUUUGUUCAUGACUGCAGUUAAACUACAAAGCUACACCCACAAUCCACACUAGCAUGAUGCAGCGGUCUCUGUUGUACUGUGUGAGGAGCAGCCAUAGUCUGACACACAUCUCAGGUGCAGCCAAACCCCGCCCUGUCUUAUACCAUCCACCAUGUCCCCGACAAGUUCACACAAGCCCCCCGGUGGCCAUGCCCCGGUAUGGAGGUGGGUCACAUAACUCUGGAGGGGGAGGAGGUAAGGUCAGAUUCGCUUGUCCCAAGUGCAAGUCACUUAUCAUGUUCUACUGCAAGUUCUCUGGAACAAAACGUCACAUCAGAUGUCACAAAUGUGACGAGCUGAUCUCAGUGAAACACACCCACACCGCCGGAAGUGACCUAUCUAACACGGACAUACCUGACAUUGAGGGUCUGUACAGCAGUGAACUUCUUGAGGAACUCAGUCGUGCCCAAGAUCUGAAGAGUCUGGAUGAUAAAAGGCUAGGCAAACUGUUUGGUCCAGCGUACGAAGAACCAAACCCAGCUGAUGAGAAAGAAAAAGUUUUGAUAGAAAGUGCACCUCCACCCCGGUCUAUAUUCACUUAUCUGGACAAGUUUGUCCAGGGUCAGGACCGCGCUAAGAGAGUGCUAUCAGUCAGUAUCUACAACCACUACAAACGCCUCAGAGCUCUCCAGACAGAUAAAGAUAGAGACGAUGUACCCAGGCUGGAUAAGAGUAAUGUUCUCCUUAUAGGUCCUACUGGCAGUGGUAAAACGUACCUGUUCCAGAUGGCAGCUAAGUUGCUGGAUGUACCCAUGGUGGUCUGUGAUUGCACAUCACUAACCCAGGCAGGAUACGUGGGGGAAGAUGUAGAAAGUGUUGUAGUUAGAUUAUGGCAAGCAGCUGGACAAGACCUGGAGAGGACCCAACAAGGCAUUAUAGUUCUAGACGAGCUGGACAAAUUAGCGAGUAAGAGAAACAAGCACGGAGGUAAAGAUAUUGGAGGUGAAGGUGUUCAGCAGAGUCUUCUCAAGAUUAUAGAGGGUACUAAUGUCACCGUCACGGACAAGGCUAAAAACAAGACUUAUCAGAUAGACACGAGGAACAUACUGUUCCUGGCGUCAGGAGCGUUUAUAGGCCUGGAUCAGAUUAUAAAGAGAAGGACUGCUUCCAAGUCACUCGGGUUUGGAACUCCUAUGUCGCAGGAACAUUAUAUUAAAGCUGCUGCCAUCGAAGAAAGAAACCGGGAUUCGGACACACUUUCAGAGACCCGAAAAGACAGAAUAAAUCAGAUCAGAGACACAGAGGAAAAGAACAGGACCAAAGAUCGGCUGCUCGUUCAGGUUGAACCAAGAGAUAUCCUUGACUACGGAGUUAUACCCGAACUAGCUGGACGAAUACCUGUUGUAGUGACGCUAGACAGUCUUACCCAGGAGGAUCUAAUGAUAAUAGCAAACGACAAGGAGAGAGGUGUCAUAUCUCAGUUAAAGGAGUUACUGUCUCUUAAUGACUGUCAGCUGGAAUUUAGUGAUGACGCUUUGAAAGCGGUCGCAGAACUUGCUUUUUGCAAGAAAACAGGAGCUCGAGCCCUAAAGUCGAUAGUAGAGACGACCCUACUGGACGCCAUGUUCGAGAUCCCAGGUUCAGACAUCCAGCAUGUACUGAUCACGAGUGAUACCGUGUUGGAGAAACAGGAGCCACAGUACACUCGGCGGGAGGGGGAGGUUGUAGUUGAGCAAUAACUCUCUCUCUCUCUAAUAUCCUGAUAGGUUACAGCGGCUGUUGCCAUUAGGCUUUUAAAGGAACCUGUUAAUCCUUUCUUAUGGUUUAUAUCAGGAGAGUUUGUACCGAGACCUCUUAUAUCUUACUGUUUUAUGUAAGAGAAAUACGUUUUAGAGAUCGCUAGUUAUUUUAAACUAAUGCGAGGUUUUUCAAGCUACGAGUUUUAUGUUGGAUCGAGAUUUUGUUAAUGUCUUUUGAAGAUCGCGAUUCAUAUUAAAUCAUUACAUGGUGACAGGUGAACCCAUAAUUUAAUAAAGAUUUUUCUGAAUCUAUUAUCUACGACAAUUUCUAAACUGCAGGGUGAAACGUUUUUAAAAUAAAUUGUUAUUUUAAGCCAUCAGAAGACGAAUUAACGACAAUCGCGCCUUAAUUGUCUCACUGUAUGCACAAGUGCCAAGUGGGGUUAAAAGAUUUCUUAGUUUCAGUAAAUUAUUCGAUGUUGGUUGUUUUGUAUGGAUUGUAAAGCGUGGACAGAUUUUAAACGAAA